AUGACAAUUAAAACACCGAGAUAUCUGCUCGUCGGAGCAGGUCUCUUUGCCCAAAAGACCUACAUACCCCAUCUACAACAGUUAGACGGGAAAGGCCGAGCCAAACUUGUGGCCAUCGUUGAAGUUUAUGGAAACGAGCAUCUACGGCCGUUGUACCCCCACCUGGAGUUUCUGUUUGUACCUCUUUUCGAGACAAAAAUGCCCCCGAGAGUACAAUUUGAACUGGAUUGGAUGAUACAUCGUUUGACCAUAGACUGUGUUAUUAUCAGCACUGAGCCAGUGGCCCACAAAGCCUAUGGACUAUGGGCCAUGGAACAGGGGUUGAAUGUGAUUAUGGACAAGCCCAUAACGGCUCGAAAACAUGCGUGCACCAGCAUAACUGCGGCUAAAGGUAUUGCCGAAGACUAUGAAGAGUUACAGAAUGCAUACGACGAACUUCAGAGCCGGAAGCAGACCUGCUUCCUCAUUCAGUGUCACAGAAGAUACCAUCCACUUUAUGACUUCGUGACGGAUAAAAUUCGACAGAUCCAAACGCUUGCUGGGUGUCCUAUCACGAGUAUUUCUUCCAGUCACUGUGAUGGUAAUUGGCGUAUGCCAAAAGAGAUUGUGGAGCAGGACUACCACACCUUCAAGGAUGGAUAUGGAAAGAUUUCUCACAGCGGCUACCACCUGCUGGAUAUCUGCUCUCACUUUAUGAUGGCCAGCUGGGGGCCGGAUAUGACAGGCCCGAAGGUCCCCGACAGACUCGAGGUUAUCAGCAGCUUCACCACAGUUAGCGGGUUCUACGAUGCAUUAAAUGACGAUGACUAUAAGCGAAUGUUCGGACAGGAAUACUCCGCGAGUCAUUCCUACACUGAAAAAGACUUUACCAAGCUUAUGGAUGGAAUGGGAGAGUACGAUUGCGCUAUCCUCAUGACUGCAUAUCGGGGAGUCCAUUCAAUAUGUCUGGUCCAGUUAAACCUCCUCCAUGCAGGGUUCUCCCGACGCAGUUCUGUGGAAAUAGGACCUGACCUGUACCGGGGUGUUGGCCGAGUGAAGCACGAGUCCCACGACAUAAAAUGUGGUCCUUUCUAG